AUGCCAAUGUGUGUGCCAGUGUGUGCGUGUGUCCACAGGGAGCUGGAGGCCAUGUUUAAUGUGCAAGAGCUACCCACAGUGGUGGUGCUGCGGCCCGACUGCUCCAUCCUCAUCCCGAAUGCAGUGGAGGAGAUACUCGGCCUCGGCCCGGGCUGUUACCGCAACUGGCAGGAAGCGGCGGAGCUCAUUGACAGGAACUUCAUGAUCAACGAGGACUUUGAGGAGAAGUCCAUGCGAAGCUUGAGUGACCCGGUGAGAAGGCUGAAGUACAAGGUGGAAGACGAGAAGAAGAAGAACAAGAAGAAAAAGCGCAAAGGGUGGGGUAGAGGUGGAGAGGAAGAUGCAGAGGUGGAUGGAGGAGGGCCUUCAUGGUGA